GUUGAUGGAAGUAUUCCAAAUAACUUGCAAGAAAUUGAGUUAAUAGUUUAUCCACAGGGAGAUUGCAAGAGAGUUGAAUCGAAAGUGAGAGAUAGUCAUAUCUGUACUUUGACUAAAGAAGGAGAAGGAGCAUGCUACGGAGAUUCUGGUGGACCAUUGGUGGCCAAUGGAGCUCAAAUUGGAAUCGUUUCCUUUGGUACUCCCUGCGCGUUUGGAUUCCCAGAUAUUUACACAAGAGUUUCCAAUUUCGUAUCAUGGAUCAAUGAACAUUUGAAGAAAUAAGAAAUAAGAACAUUAUUUAA